CACGCGUGAGAUGGUAUGCUGUGUAGUGUGGGUAGGAGUGGACCCUUCGGUUCGCAAGGCGAAACCUCGCAACAUUCGGCCGUGUCGAUACCUGUGGGUAAAGAACCCUAGUGAUGGGCAUAUAAGGACGGUUCCCCUCAGCCGCUGGGACCCCUCCCCAAAUCCCCAAAGCAACUCUCCACGUUGUCCAGACUCAUUUCGGCACUAUGGGAGGUAUCCAACACAAGGACAACGCCUCUGGCGUUCCCACCUACUGGGGCAAGUCCGGAAAGCAGCUCCAGCUCCUCGUUGCGAUCGUCGCGACAACCGACUUCUUGCUCUUUGGUUAUGACCAGGGUGUUAUGAGUGGAAUCAUCUCCGCUCGACCUUUUACCGAGGCUUUCCCCGAAGUUAAGGACGACAGCACCUACGAGGGUUUCGUCACCGCCAUCUAUGCCGUCGGAUGCUUCCUUGGUGCUUGCUUCAUCUUCGUCGCAGGAGACCGGCUCGGUCGUCGUAACGCCAUCUUUUUGGGAGCCAGCGUUAUGAUCAUUGGUGUGAUUAUCCAGAUUACUUGCGUGCCUCCGAACAGCGGCGCAACCGCACAGUUCAUCAUCGGACGAUGCAUCACAGGCAUUGGCAACGGUAUCAACACUUCGACGGUCCCCACAUAUCAGGCUGAGUGCUCCAAGGCUAAGAACCGCGGCAGAGUCAUCUGCUUCGAGGGUGGCUGCGUUGCCAUCGGUACAUUAAUUGCGUACUGGCUCGAUUACGGAUGUACUUACGGUCCCGAUGAGCUCACCUGGCGCUUCCCCAUUGCAUUCCAGUUGGUCUUUGCCAUCAUUGUCUUGGUCAUCAUGAUCAAGAUGCCUGAGUCCCCUCGCUGGCUGCUUAGCCAUAACCGACAAGAUGAGGCCAGGACGAUUCUGGCUGGUCUGUCCGAUUUGCCGCGCGAUGAUCCCGAUGUCGAGGUGCAAAUGAACGUAAUUUUGGACGCCAUCAAGGCUGCCGGUAUGGGCAAGACGAAGUUCGCCGACUUGUGGACUGGUGGAAAGACUCAGCAUCGCCGCCGUACGAUUUUGGGUGCCUCAUCUCAAAUGAUGCAGCAGCUUUCUGGUUGCAACGCUGUCAUUUACUACUUCCCGAUUUUGUGCCAGUCUGCGCUUGGCACUUCGCACAACAUGGCUCUGUUGUUGGGCGGUAUCAACAUGGUUGUCUACGCCAUCUUCGCUUCGACUUCAUGGUACUUUGUUGAGAAGUUUGGGCGACGCAAGCUCUACUUGAUCGGUACUCUCGGACAGAUGGUUGCCAUGAUCAUCACCUUCGCCUGCCUUAUCCCUCCUUCUGAUACCGGUGCUGCCAACGGGGCCGCCUUCGGUCUGUUCCUGUACAUUGCCUUCUUCGGUGCCACUUGGCUUCCGCUCCCCUGGUUGUACCCGGCCGAGAUCAACCCCCUCAAGACCCGCGCCAAGGCCAAUGCGACCUCCACCAUCCAGAACUGGCUAUGGAACUUCUUCAUUGUCAUGAUCACCCCUGUCCUCGUCUCGCAGAUCGGCUGGGGCACUUACCUCUUCUUUGGUGCCCUCAACGCCAUCUUCAUUCCCAUUAUCUACUUCUUCUACCCUGAGACUGCCGGUCGCUCGCUUGAGGAGAUUGACCUAAUCUUCGCCAAGGGUUACACCGAGAAGAUCAGCUACGUCAAGGCCGCCCAGGAUCUGCCCGCUCUUGACGAGCACGCUAUUGCCCGGUACGCCCGCGAGCACGGCUACCUGGAAGGUGAUGAGGAGAGCACCCCCGAGGGCUCCUUCAAGGAGAAGCCCGUCACCAACGAGAACCUCACGAUGCCGCGCAAUGCGCAGGCGUAAGCGAAUAGACGAUAGACGUAUAGUGGUGGAGGAGCGAGCUUAGCGCGCUGCGUGCGCUUUGGCGUCGCGAGACGAAUGAUCGAUACCCACCAGCUUGCUUGCAAGCUCGCGUUGAUUGGAAAUGCAUUGCGAAGAUACCCGACGCAUGGUUCGUCAACCCCAGCAAUGAUAAAUGAUUUCACGAUAGAUUGGCGAUAGAUGUGUGCAGAUUGCGCGCGUCUUGUUCUGUAGACGAGCUUUGUCAUUAUACCCUUCAAAGAAAGUUGCAGAUAGAGCUAUUCAUAGAGCUUCUUCUUUCAAUUCUACUACAUGAUUUCCGCCG